GAACCAGUCAAAUUUAUAAUUAUGACGAAAGGAAACUGAAAGAAGCACAUACGGAAAUGUGGUGUAUACUUCUCUAACACAUUUAACAUAAUAGAGGUCCCAUAAAUAGUUUCAGAACAGAAAACAUGAAACUCACAGAAGAAGACAUACGGCUUUUGGAAUUUUCUACACAUGAGGAAUAUCUUCAAAGCCUCGUAACAACUCAAGACUUGCGAUAUCUUGGCCACAAACACAAUGGACUCCGCUUGUAUCAAACUGGCUACAGAUCUCUAACGAAAGCAGCCUUUGAAAGCCGUCGGAAUGAAAUUGGAGAUUUCUUGUAUGCCACUCAGGACCCAAAUGUAUACUUUAGUCGAGGCCUGCAAACGACGAACACUUUUCUAGCUGAACUAAAUGCCCGAGAGAGACCCAAUCGCCUUGGAAUUUUAUCUACCAUCAUCUAUAUUCGAUACUGCCGAAAAAAUGCAGAAAUUUCUGGUUACAUUGACUAUGAACAAGCUCUUCGGCGAACUAACAAAGAUAAAGAAAACUCACUGGACUGGAAAGCCAUUUUCAAAGGGGAACAACUUCUUUAUCCAACUAAAAUUGACCUUUCCUACUACAACUCCAGAACGGAUCGAAUAUUCAAAAGGAACUCGAGAAACUAUAUUGUAAUAUGCGAUCCUAUCAAAGGAAUAAUAUUUCGAAAUAUUUAUGAUCGCAAGGACAUUCUUCCGGAUCCCAUAGGAGGAUAUUUUGGAACGAAUACUACACGCACGGAAAUUGAUAGUGAUGUUCAUGAACAAGUCGUUAUGUAUGAUCACGUUCUGAGAAGGAAUUACUAA